AAGUACAUAUGAAGUAACCACACAACCACGUCCUGAUUGCGGUAGUUUGUGAUCCGUCCGGUCAUAUAUGGUCACAUGCAUAAUCGUGCAUGUGUGUGGUAUCAUCCAAAACUGUUCCAUUAAACAUUAUUCGAUAUUACAAACAUAUUAAUCUGCUGUCUUGUUUCCAAUGUUUAAUCGGACAAUAUCUUCGGAGAAGUAUAACUGUGCGCGUAGUCUAAUUGAAGUUAUGUAGUUUUUGUGUCAGUGUCGGUUCCGCGGAAAUAUGGUUAUAUUUAGUAUAUGACGACCAGUGUUGUGGAGCACGGAACACUGCCACUCCUCUGCCGCAGUAUUUACACAUCUUUCUUACUUCAUUUGAUAAAUCCAAAAAAAUGGAAGAUAUUUUUCAAUGGUGUCGUGAAGGGAAUGCCAUGCAAGUGCGUGUUUGGCUGGAUGAUACUGAACAUGACAUGAAUCAGGGCGACGAUCAUGGAUUUAGUCCACUUCACUGGUGCUGUAAAGAGGGACAUCUAAAAUUGGCAGAAUUACUAGUUAGUAGAGGAGCACGAAUAAAUGCUACCAAUAGAGGAGACGAUACUCCUCUUCAUCUGGCUUCCGCUCAUGGACACAAGGAGAUAGUUCAGCUGUUGCUCAGAAAUCGAGCAGACGUUAAUGUAACAAAUGAACAUGGGAACACUGCCCUUCAUUAUGCAUGUUUCUGGGGUGAUCAAGCUGUUGCCGAAGAGUUGGUGGCAGCAGGUGCUCGUGUAUCUAUCGCAAAUAAAGAUGGGGAUACUCCGUUGGAUAAGGCAAGAGGUCUACUUGCUAAAAGAUUACAUGAUCUGGCUGUAGAAUAUGGACAGGACUUGAAAAAGAUUCAAUUCAAGGAUCAAAGUUGGCUGGGCUUGAAAACCAGAAGCCGAGAUGCAACAUUGUCAAGGCAUAAAGGGAUUAACAUGGCAGAUUUGUUGUUGCACACUCUUUUGGCAACUACACCAAGUGGCGAGACUUGGCGAGGACGUUGGCAAAAUAAUGACAUAGUAGCGAAGAUCUUGACCAUACGUGAAUGUACAUCGAGGAUCUCCAGAGAUUUCAACGAAGAAUUUCCAAAGUUAAGAAUCUUCUCCCAUCCGAAUGUUCUACCCGUUCUUGGCUGUGUUAAUCAACCACCGCAAUUAGCAACCGUCUCGCAGUACAUGGCGCGUGGUAGUUUGCACAGAUUGUUACACGGGGGUACAGGUGUAGUCGUCGACACGGCACGAGCAUUGAGACUUGCUCUCGAUGUUGCUAGAGCUAUGGCAUUUCUUCACGGACUUGAGAGGCAGAACAGAUGCAGAUUUCAUUUGAACAGUAAACAUAUCAUGAUUGACGAAGAUUUGACGGCUCGUGUAAAUAUGGCUGAUUCGAAGUUCUCAUUCCAAGAGGUUGGUCGCAUUUAUGAACCAGCGUGGAUGUCACCGGAAGCAUUGAGUAAGCGUGCGGCAGAUAUAAAUCUGGAGGCCAGCGACAUGUGGAGUUUUGCCGUUCUAUUGUGGGAACUUGCAACUAGAGAAGUUCCGUUCGCUGAUCUUUCUCCGAUGGAAUGCGGCAUGAAAAUUGCUCUCGAAGAAUUGCGCGUCAGUAUACCACCGGGAAUCUCGCCUCACCUUGCUAAACUGAUUAGGAUCUGUAUGAACGAAGACCCGGGGAAACGUCCAUCAUUCGAUAUGGUUGUUCCGAUACUCGAUAAGAUGAAACGUUAGUUAUUAAUGCAACAUCUUUUCUCUCGUUUUAAUUGAAGCAUGAUCAGCAAAAAAAUAUGUCAUUCCUAAACAAACGUAAUGAACUCUUAAUUAGACGACGACUACCAAACUGCUAUAAACGUUCAACACAGUGCCUGUACUAAAAUAACAGAAUUAUAUUUUUUAUACAAUGGUUUAUGAAGAUAACGAUGUGACUUGAUAUUGUAUUUAUAUACACUGUUAUGUAAUAUUUAUAAUGUACAUGUAUCUAUAUUGACUAUAUUCACGUUUUUUUUUUUUAAAAGAGUAGUAACUUUGUUUUCGUGGACGUGAUGCAGUUAGUAUUUCUCAAUUGCCGAAUUUGUCAUUUUAAUGAUAAAUAAUAAUAAAUCUGGACUCAUUUUAAAACUCGAA